CUAAUCGACACCCCUCGAUAUUUCAAAGUCUCAAGUACCUUUAAUUUCCUCCUUUCUUCUCAUUCAAAAAUCAGCGUCUCCCAGCUUGCCAAUAUUUAAUCCAAAAUGAGAUGCGAGUCCUGUGAAAGUUCAAACCCUCUUGAUGACGAGACCUGUAUAGCCAAUACCAAUAACUUCUACAUAUGGCUUCUCCAAGUUGUAGCACUAUUGGGUAUCCUAGCCCUUUCUCUAUGGCUAAUCUUGCGUCCCCGAUCCCCAAAGUACACCAUUGUCGACUUCUCCAUCCCCCAGUCCUCGUUAGUCAAGGAUGGCCAAAACGGCACCAUCUUGUAUAACCUUGAAAUUGAAAAUCCAAACGCAGAAUCCAGUAUAUACUAUGAUGACAUUUUGUUCACAUUUUAUUUUGGGCAGGAUACUGUAGGGGAGAGAACCAUACCUUCUUUCCAUCAGGGGAAAGGUAAAACUCGUCAAGUAAUUGAUCGUGUGGAUGUCAAUCCACGAGUAUGGAAGUCUCUUCUCAAUGCAAUAUCAAAUGCAACAGCCGAAUUGAAAGUUGGGUUAUCAACUAAGAUUCGAUAUAAGACGUGGGGAAAGAAGAGUAAGCAUCAUAAAUUAGACUUGGAGGGUCAGCUAAAAGUUGGCUCGGAUGGGAAGAUUUCAGGCAAGAAGAAGAAGAUUAAGCUACACCAUGCUUCAAAGAAAUGGAGGAGGUAUAAAGCUUGACCCACUGUGGUUGAGAAUUAGUAAUUACAGGAUUACUUUGGUGCUUUUGUAUAAGUAGAGAUAGAAGAAUGGUUGCAAUUACUUGCAUUUAUGUACAGUUUUAACAUAGUAAUACAUCUUUAAAAAAUUCCGAGGGACGAGCAUUUUAGGCUUUAGCCAUAUCAUGGUGAGUUGGAAAAAAACUCUUAAUUGUGACCCUAAAAUU